AUGAUGGUGCCAAAAGUGAAUUUGAAGUACCUCAUCGUUCUCAUUGUGUGGAUAUUCGUGGUAGUGGGUACAGUUUACGUAUUCAAUUCUGUCGUGAUCUACGAUCCUCCUGACUACGUGGGUGGCGAUCAUAGCAAAUCCUCCCUCAUCCGCGAAUACAUCACGUCCGGUCAGUACAAUCAACUCGUGGAUGUGGCCAACGAGAUGGAACUUCUUGUGGACCCCAUGCGAGAACGUGACUUCAACGAGGUGGUCCGUGACAUCGAAUCGAAGGUGCCCUUCCUUCCGUUAGAUUUCUGGGCGCGUCAGACCCUCAUUGGACGCAAGAAGAUGAAGCCCCAGUGCGGCAAAUUUCCCUCUAUCUUUGAAUUGGAAAUCAAUAACGAUUUGUGGCAAACGCAGCGCACGUCCAAUGGUACCUAUCAGCUGUUUGGUGCGUACAUGGACAAUCGCAAGAGCAAUGCCAAUGAUCAGUGGUACAUUCGCAUCUUGGGCAUGAUAAAUCGCGUGGACACACACUUGCCCAUGUUCUGUCAGAUAUGGUACGAUCAGCAGGAGAAACCUGUUACUGUUCUCCUAGAGCAGUACCACUACAUUUGGAUUAAGAGUUGGGGCAAUGCCUUUGACGGCCAGUAUCAGCCGUACCUCCUGUCAUGCCCGAUCCCAUGGGAUCGCCGUCACAUGGUGCCAGUGUCUGUGUCUCUUGUUGAGCAACAAUGCGCCACAGCAACGAACAAUCUCAAAGUCAUGUACAAUCGGCCACUGGACAAUCAGAAGAAAAUGUUCGCUGUGUGUGUCAAGGGACUGGACUUUCUCUAUCAGGAUCUCUCAGUACGUCUAAUUGAAUGGAUAGAGUUACUAGGAAUCUUAGGAGCUGAUAAAAUUUACUUCUAUAAUCUCCAAAUUCACCCCAACAUGUCGAAGGUUCUUCAGUACUACAAACAAUUGGGUAGGAUAGAUGUGACCAAACUUACGCUUCCUGCAGGAAAUCCCAACGUUCCUGGGCUUCAGCAUCUCUUUCUCUCUGAAAGAUUAUAUCAGAAGCGACAGAAUGAAAUCAUUCCCUACAAUGACUGCUUGUACAAGAACAUGUACAAAUAUCACUACAUUACUCUCUUAGAUAUCGACGAGGUGAUUAUGCCCAAGAGAAAUAUCAAAAGCUGGGAAGAGUUAAUGGCGAUGAUCUCAGAAAAGGCGGAUCAUGGUAGUCCUUUGCCUUUUCCUAGCUACAACUUCCGAAAUGUCUAUUUCCUUGACUCACACCAUCAUCCAGACAGAACCAAAUCUGAUAACAAGGAUAUACCUGAAUUUCUUCAUAUGCUGCAGCACACAAAUCGGGCUGCCGUCUAUAGUGCUCCCAAUGAACAUGUGAAAUGCAUACACAGAGCCGAUAGAAUUCUUACCCUUCACAACCACUUUGCCAUGAGUUGUCUCCAGGGAUCGUGUGCAGCCUACGAGAUUGAUGUAGAAGAUGCUCAAUUGCAACACUACAGAUCAGAUUGUGUAACGACAGUGCAGCGAAAAUGUCACAACAUGACGGAGUUUUAUAUCACUGAUAAGAAUAUCUUCAAAUUCAAGGAUGACCUCAUCCGUCGCUCUCUCCAAACUCUUUACAAAUUGGGUUUCCUUAAACCCAAGAAUGACUCUACAAUAGGUUAUUAACCCCACAAUUGUGUAGGAAUACAUUUUCUCCACGAUAUCACUAUUGUGAUAUUGUCACCUCUUGUGUUAAUUGCAUCGUGAAGCCUGCACGCGUGCUUAACACUUUCACUGCUCUCGUCAGAGACAAAUAAAAUAUUUGCUGUAAUUAGGAAAUGCACAAAAGAACUUCAUGACGUUUAACAUAGGUGAAUUCAGCAUUGCAACACAACAUGUGGCGGUAAAAAGUAUCCGCUUUAUGCAAUCCUUUAUCUGAACAUUUCACGACUAAUAAAUUUCAAUCGAGAGUCACUCCAACAAUUUCAAAUGUGCAGAGGAGGAUUAUUUCAUAUUGCUAAAUGAAGUUAAAACCUUCGAACCAACAAUUAAAAUGCCUCUUGGAUGAUGGGGAGUAUAGUGUAAAAAAAGUUAUAGUGUACAAAAAGACGAUUGUUUGAAUUGUGGUCAAUGGGGGAUAUGAGAAAAACGCGUAUAUCGCGAAUAAAUGUCGUCACAUCUGUCA